GGCGGUGGCGUCAAGCUGCUUGCUCUUCUUCUAAAUUUACAAAACUCCUUAAAAUCCCGUGUGCGCGUCGGUCAAGUCUCGCUGCACCGUAGUGGCACUGUAGACGUAGCGAGGCUUUUCCACGUGAAACAAACGUUCAACGCCGAGCCUGUGCGGGGCUGUGAAAGUUUCUAACUUUUGUUUUGUCACGUGGCCUUUCGGAGAGAUUUGUCUCGUUGUGUGUAUGCGCGCGCGUGUGUGUGUGUAUGCGUCCGCAUUUUUUGCGUUUCUUGCGUCCGUGUGUGUACGUUUUGGGGCAGUAGGCGAAGAAAAAGGGCAGCGACGUCCAAAGUGGGCAAUAGAAAGAAGAGCACGAAAGCCCGCGGUCCAAAAAGGGCUUGCUGCGAGUGAAAAAGUGUGAGAAAAAAGGGAAGAGAGAAAAAUUAAAAUUUUGAUAAGCAAGAAGAUAAACAUCUGCGUUCGGGAAAAGAAAAAGGGGGAACCAUCAGUGACAUCCCCCCGCGUUAGUGGCGAGAAAAUUUGGAAAUGCUUGCAACGGCGACAUGAAUAACGGGUGAAAUUCGGAAGCAUCGAAAACAAAGUGAUCCACCAAAGGAGGAGGCAAACAGUGGGACGUGAAAGUACGGGCCGCUGUGGGUUUUCCGCGUGCAUCGGAAUCCGGGACGCCAUCCAGGGUUCGACCGCAUCCCGCUGCCAACCAGUUCCCGUGGAUGGUGCCCUGUUCCGCUGCGUCUUAUUGCAUCUUCCGGGCGGGCGAACCCCAUCCCAUUCCUUCCUUUGUGUCAGCAGCUCCAGCAACGGCGUGUUGGGUUUUCCUUUCUUGUGUUUCUGUCCGCCCCAACUCCGGGUCGAGAGUAGCUCAGGGCAAAUGUGCUGCGGUCGUCGUCGACGGUGUUCCACUACUACCACUACCAUUGCGCUGAAAACCGCAUCGGAAAAUGGAAUGCGACGUCUCGCCGGUUCCAGCGGUGCAACCGAAUCGUCCAACGAAACCACAACAGCAGCAGCAGCAUAUAGCAGCAGUGGCCGCAAGAGGAGUCAGUAACAAUGGCACCAGUAGUACCGGCGACACGGCACCAUCGCCAAGCACAAUCAUCAUUACCACCACCAGCAGCAGCACCACCACUACUACGGGUACGACGGCAAAGUCGACCGACGAGGACGAAACCGCGCCGGUGGCAUCCUCCUCAUCGUCCUCAUCAUCAUCGUCGUCGUCUGUGUCGGGUUACUGUUCCUCCUCGGUGGCCUUAUCGAUGGUCACACCGGCGGCGGGCAGCGGUGACACGACGGGUGGACGAAGAAGUAUCAGUAGCAAUACAACCACCGCAACCACCACGAACAAUAACAAUAACAACAACAACACCGGCAAGGGUCAUGUGGCCGCGAGUGGGAGCAGCGGAACGACCGAACCGUCGGUGACGGUGAUUGAGAUAAGCGACCAGAGCACGACGGAGGAUGUGAGCUACCCGGAGCUGGUCUCCUGCCCGGAGUCCGAGUCGACCUGCGUGCUGCUGUCGGACGAGUAUGACUCGUCGGUGCCGCUGCGCGAGGACGAUCCACUGAACGUGUCGAUCGGAUCGAUCGAUAUGCUGCCCUCGCCCCAACGCAGCACACCGGUACCGUCAUCGUCGAGUGCGGCCGUCUCACCCGCCUCGGUCGAUACCGGCACGCCCAAGCACAACCAUCACCUGCGACGAAACCUGCCCCGAAUGGCAUCCGGAAGCAGGCAGCAAGGGCUUAGCAAGCAGCAACAGCAGCAGCAGCAGCCCUCGCCGGGGACCAGAGGUUCAUCGGCGGCAGAGAAACGGAGUCGCAAGUCGGCCGAAGGUGGUGCUUCGACGAUGCGCGAGGUGCUCGCGUCCAUUCCGGGCUUCAGCAUAAAACCGCGCCGACGGACAAACAAGAAACUGUCCACAGCGGCGCAGCUGGAGCAAACGCGCGAAGGUUGCGUCGACCUGGAAACGCCCGAUUCGAUCCUGGUGCACACGAAUCUGCGCGCCCUGCUCAACCGGGAAACGUUCCAGAUGCUCCCACCGCUGUAUCAGUACAAGCUGGUGCAGCUACUACCCCCGGUCGAUCGGCCGCCGGUGCCCGAUGAGUCCGAGUGUGUGCGCAACGGCAUCCGUCUGAAUCCGUCCGGGCUGAACAAUGAGUUCUUUGCCCGCGCCUGCCACGAAUGGCGGGACCGGUUGUCGGAGGGUGAGUUUACGCCCGAGGCGCAGCUGAAGCUGCGUUCGGAGGCAGAACGCGAGAAGAGCAAGCUUGACCCGUGGAAGCUGAAGCACUUUGAGCCGAUGUGGGGCGAACGGAAGUACGCGGGUGCAUUUAUCGGUGCGGCUGGUACGAUGGCGAAUCCUACCCCGCCACCACCACCACCCGUAUCACUGCCACAAACACAGCCCACCGUUCCGUCGGCGGUGGUGGAGGAAAUCCCGCGGCCGAUCGUUCAGCAACAAACUGCGAAUACCAGCAGUAGUAGCAGUUCCAUCACGUCAUCCAUUUCCGUGGUUCCCGUGACGAACAGCUUCGUCGGUGGAAGCAAUCGGCCGGCGACGAUCGUACCGCUGGGAGCUGCACGACCAACAACCGCCACUUUGCACACGCAAACGACGAUAAGGCCCGUACAGCAUGCCUCGACAACCACCUCCAAUCCCUCCGCCACCGCUGUCCCGGCCGUGAAGAUUGAUCCGAGCUCUCGUUCGCUGGCGAAAAUGCAAGCAAUAACGUACACUACGACCACGAGCUCAAAACAAGCCGGUGGUAAAAGCAGCACGAUCAUUACAACCUCCACCGGCACGAUCGUGCUACCCGCGAGGACGACAAUCACGGUCACUUCGGGUCGUCCGGGUGGAACCGCCGGUGGUGGGGCGUCGUCUGGGGGACUCUCGGUUGUUCCGUUCAGUAUUCUGGCCAGUAGUGGCAGUAGUACGAGCUGCAGUACCAGUACGAGCAGUAGUGCUAAUGUAACCCGUCCCGCUCUCAAGACGACCAUUAAGCUACGUCCAACGACUGCGAUCGCGACCAGCACGACGGCAUCGGCCGACGGCAUGAAACCCUCGUCGAGCACGGGUGGGAGUGUUGGUGCGGCCCACGUCGUCGGGGGCAGUAAGCGGAUACAACCGACCGUGAUGAGCGUUAGCAGCAGUAGCGGUAGUGGGAGCCUAGCCGUCUCCAGCACCAACGCCUCGCUACCAAAGUCGUCUCCGAAGCGUCUACGAACGGUCGGUGCGGUCACCCGGUCGGCACUGGCAGGAAAUACAGGAAUCACACCGCAACAGCAACAACAUGCCUCCAGUGCUCCGACGACGACACCUCUUCUAGCCAUUCCCUCCCAGAUGUUGGCCCGCUCAUCGCCGGUGGUGGUGAAGCUGGUCGAACCAUUUCGCUCCUCGGCACUUUCGGCGAGCAGCAGCAGUAGCAGCAGCAGUAGUAGCAGCAACGCUAGUAGUUUAAAGCGCGUCCACAGUAGCCACUCGUUAACGCCCGACCUAAGCAAUAAUAAGAUGUCGAAGCGGCGCACGGACGAUACGGAGCUGGUGGUUAUCGGCAACAACAGCAACAGCAACAGCAGUAGUAGCAGCAGCAGCAGUAGCAGCAGCAGUAGCAGCAGUGGCAGUAGUAGUAUUAGCAAUAAUCACCGACGAAUGCUGACUGUUGUGACGACGACGACGACCACCGCCGCAACGGUCGGGAGUGGCGUUAGUAGCAGCAAUGUGUACAGAAGCAGUAAUAUUAAUAGUAGUAUCAAUCGCCUUAUCACCGCCACCAGCAGCACAACAAUGCCCGUUUCCUCCACCGAGAGCGGUAGCAGCAACAGCAGCAGCAGCAACAGUAGCAGCAGCAACGGUAGCGGAAACAGCAGACGAAGCAACAGCACCAACGGUGGCAAUAGCAAUAGCAAUAGUAAUAGGAUAAAUCUUAGCUGUAGUAGCACCACUAGUACCAUUAUCAAUCAGAAGGAGGAGAGCGGCAACAAUCCUGUCACCACGAUCGUUGGCUCGCGGAAACCUCGGACCCAACCGGUGAUGAUAGCCACCAACAGCACGGGAAGCAGCCAGCACGGUCGAAUGGUGCUGAUCGAAGGCGACGGUGGUCGGCUAGUGAUGGAGAAACGUCGUCGAGGGAACGUGGGUGGGGAUGUGCAGGCGCUUGUUACAACGGCCACCACGACGACGACGACCUCACCUACGGCACGGCGGAAGGCACGGCAAGGUGGUGUACGCAGCGCGAAUAGGGCAAACAUUAGCAGCACCGAAACCACCAGCGUGGCACCAACGACAACGAUCACGAUCGUUGACGAUGAUGUCGAUCAGCCGUCCACCAACAACACCCUGGUAGCUGCAGAAGAACAUGCUGAUGAUUGCCGGGUAGUAGUCAAUGGCGAUGACAACAAUCGCGAUCGAUUACGAUCGCCACCGUUGGUACCAUCGUCGGACAUCAUCCUCGAGGAAGCGAUCGACUGCGGAGACGUGGUGGACGGUGGUAGUGAGCGGGAGAGGCAUGGAGCAACGCACGUAAGAAGACGCAAGCUCGAACCGAACCAGAAUCACUGCAGUGGCGGCGACGGUGGUGGUGACGUGGUGUUAGAUUCGUUCAUGCACCAGAGUUCGCCGGGUGCAACGAUCGGUGGAAAAUACGGUGAUUCGUCAGGGUCGCGUGUGCAGCAGCGGGCGAACAUGAUCAACCUCAACAACCACCACCAUCGACGUAUGUUUGCGUUGACGAUGGCCGGAAACGGUAGCCAUCAUCGGCAGCAGCAGCAGCUGCAUUACGCGGAAAACCGGGCCAGCCCACUUGGUGGACUAGAGGUGGGCGGUGAUAUGGUCGGCUCGCCGGCUGGCAGUAGCGUCGAUGGGGGGAGCAGUGGCGCUGGCACACCGACGACGCAGGUUAUCUACGACCACAGUUCCGGGCAGAUGUAUAGCAUCGUUUGCAUACCCUCACCACCACCACCACCACAGAAUCCGACACCGAACGUUGCCACACUAACAAACCUUCGAUCCCUGCCAUCCUCGCUGACGGUGACAGCCCUACCCCAGCAACAACAACAGCAACAGCAGGAGCAGCAACAGUUACUAUCGAUGUCAAACGAUAGUAGCAACAGCAGUAGCGUGUCGACCACCGCCAUGAUGGCAGCGAGCGACAAUCAUCUGGAUGGCGUUGGUGGUCCUGCGUCCGGCCGGCGGACUGAGCGACUGAGUACGUUCGAGAACGUACUGCAUCAGGGCGUCGAUGGCACGGACCAUCUGGUGAUCGUACACCAGGGUGGUGCGCGUCACGACGACGAGGUUGACGAUCUGAAGCAGGACGAGGACGACGAGGAGGAAGAGGACGAAGAUGGUGGGGAGCUGGUGCAUACCACUACCGCGACUACUAACACUGCCGACGAAGAGGAGGAGGAGGAGGAGGAGGAAGAAGAUGAGGAAGAGGAGGCGAACAAUGAUCAUGACGAGGAAGGGGAAGUAGGAGAUGACCAUCAGCUCUUGGAUGGCGAGGAGAUCCUGCGGUUGCAGAUGGCGAACGUGGGAGAACCGUUACCGGCGGGCAGCUAUCUCGUUGGCCCGCCGGGAGCUGGACAUAAGCUCGUGAGAAAUCUCAACCAGCAGACGAACGUUCACCAUCGUCACGGGUUUUACGAUACGUCCCAGCAGGCGAUGUCCACCGUGGAGGGUGGGAUGGUGAACAUGAACCUCACGGCAUUCCAUCACGAUCAUGAACACCUGCAUCAGCAGCAGCAACAGCAACAACAGCAGCAGCAGCAACAGCAGCAGCAGCAACAACAUCAGGAGCAGCAGGGCCUGAUGAUGAUGGUGUCUACAACGGCUGAGGACGAUGGUUGUGGGCCGUCCCCGAACGCAAUCGGGAGCAACUACUGUGAUAAUCUAUCCGCCGCGGACGAAGCAGACGGAGAGGAGGAGGAGGAAGAAGAGGAAGAGGAGGACGGGGAAGAGGGUGGGGAGGAGCACAACGAAACCGGGCAUCAUCUGCUGAUGGAUCCAAACACGAUCGGGCACGUGGAAUGCGCCGUAGAUGGGAAUGAGGACGACGGUCAGUACGGCCUUAAUCAUCACCAACACCAACAGCUGGAGGAGGGUGGAGUGGCGAAUACCUCGGAGGAGGACGACGAAGAAGGGCAGACGCGGUCGUUCGUGCUCGAUCACCACCAGAUGCAGCAGCUCCAGCAGCAGUUUCAGCUCACCGGUGAUCAGGGAAUUCACCAGCAGCAACAGCAACAGCAGGAUGGGAUGAUCCAUGGCCAUCAUCAUCAUCAGUCGUUGGUCACAACUUCCGGUGGGAGCAUGCCCGGGACGCUACUACUCACCGGCGCCGACGUUGGGAUGCCGUUUGACGAAGGAUGCAACAGUGCUGAGCUGCUCGCCGAUGGUGCUGAUUGCGUCGUGGAGGGCGAAUGCGAGGAGGAAGACCAGGAGCAGCUGGUUGACGGCGAGGAAAUUUACCCCGGACCCCCGGGAGAUUCCGUGGACUCGUCGAUGGACGACGGUGGACAGCUGCAGCAUCCGUCUCUGCAACAGCAUCCCACGAUCGCACACCAACACUACCAGAAUCAUCAUCAGCUGGUGGAGAAGUACAUCGAAGAGGUGGACGGAAGUGGCGGUGGGAGUGUAGCCACUGGUGGUGGCGGCGCCGGCGGCGGCGGUGGUGGUAGUGGUGCUGGCGGAUACGUCCUGGAGACCACCGGCGGGGAGAUGAUCAGUACGGAAAAUUGGCCACACUUUAAAAUGAAAAUGAUGGACGGGUCGAAGAUGUUGGUCGUCGAUCAUCACCAGCUCGUUGACGGGAGCAACAGUAUUAUCCUUUCGCCAAUCGGUUCAGCGGGAACGCCCACGUUGGCCUCCUCGCCCGGCGCAACAAGCUUGCUGGCCGGCACGACCCAACAGCAGCCACAACUCCAAACGCUUCAUCAGCACAUGGUCAACAGCUCUCAGCAGCAGCAGCAGCAACAACACACGAUCCAACAACAGUCACCAACGCCCAUGCCGAUGACGACAGCGACACUCGUGCAGCAGAUUGCCACCCAAAAUCAUCAUCAACAGCAACAUCAGCAGCAGCAGCAGCAGCUUCAUGUGAAUGCUGCCGCUGCUGGCACCACGACAGGGAUUAGUUUUUUAGCACAUCAUCAUCAUCCCCAGCAGGCCUCCGCCGUGCAGACGAUCGCGACCGGAGCGACCACCGUGCUAAGCCCUCAACAGCAACAGCAGCAACCGGCGCCACAGCAGCAGCAGCCGGGGAUGAGUAUUUUUCAGCUUCAGCCGUCUCCCCAGCCACAGCAGCCUCACGGGAGUGGUGCGCAGACCGUGCUGGGAGGUGUAGCGACGACGGUAACGUCCCAUCCGAUGACGGUUGCAGGCAACAGUACGAUCCAGCUCACAUCUGAGAUUAAGGAUGGCAUUCGUGGCAAUUUGUUGAAAACCGAGUCAGGCGUUACCUACACAACAAUUCGGCAGGGCAAUCAACAAAUUUUGACGCGCAUAAAGUUGGAGGGUGAUGACGGUCAAGUGCUGCAGCAGCAGCAGCAACAGCAGCCCCUACAGCAGCAAACAUUUCAAGCUCAACUACCCAAAGUGAACGUGGUAACAUCCUCCCCGCUCGUAGCGAUCGGCCCGAGCAGUCAAGACAAUCUCACCCGAGUGAUCGAGAGUGUGGCCGGAAACUAUGGAUCGCCGACUGUGACAACGACCGGGCAACUUGGGACGAUCGGCGGCGCGACGGCGCAGCAAGUACUGGUCCAACCGCAACCUCACCAGCAACUAAUUCAGCAUGUGCAGACCGCAACCGGUCAGCAGAUACGCUUCGAGAUGGACACAACGAACCACCACGCGAUCCUACAGCCUCAGCAUCAACAAGCAGCUCAGCUGAUAACCGCUGCGCAACAGCAUCAACCAAAGUUCAUCAUUACGUCGCGCCCCAUCAAUGCGGUCAGUGCGGCCCCCGCCGUCGCGACGAAGCUUCCGCUGACCAUACAAACGGCCGGUGUGCCACCGCAGGUACAAGGCCAGCAGUUUCUUCACGCUCCCGAUCCGCAACACCAGCAGCAGCUACAGCUUCCCAGCCAGGCCGCGGUUACAACACUGCAGAAGCCAAUUCAGCUGCAGAAAAUUAUCAUGUCGACACCGGCCAUUGGACAACCGCAACAACCCCAGCAACAGCGUCCCCGGUUGCCGCUCCAGCGGACGCAGUUCAGUGUGCAAACGAUCCAGCCGGCGAAAGCCGCUCCACAGCCACCGCAAACGCAGCCAUCGAUUCCGACGCAAUCGCAGCAAAGGUUUCAGCAGAAGUUUGUCACCAACCAGCUGAUCCGGGGACAGAACGCUAUCCUGAUGAACAACGUUCACCAGUUGCAACAGCAACAACAACAACAGCAACAACAACAACAGCAAGCACACCAGGCGGCUGCAACCGUCGGUGCGAAUGUAGUCGUGGGAUCGACAAGCAGUCGGAAGCGCGCUUCGGAUGGACAGGGAGCAGCAACGACAAUCGCAACGACCGCUGCUGGAGGAUCAUCGUCGGCGGGAUCCGGCGGUGGCACGGGACGGCGUGGAUCCGGACGAUCGACCAGCUCGCGAUUACCGCCCGGUGCGGUAAACCUCGAGCGCAGCUACCAGAUCUGCCAGGCGGUGAUACAGAACAGCCCGAACCGGCAUCAGUUGAAGGCGCAGCUAAAGUCACCGCAGGCCUUCCUGGCGGCGUCGAACUCCAACUCGAACAGCAGUGUCGGUAGCACCGGGAGCACAAGUAGUAGCAGCAGCAGUAGCAGCGGUGUCUCUGCCAGCAGUAUUAUUGGCAACAGUACCAAAGAGGAUGCUUCUUGUGGUGGUGGUGGGAGCAGCAGCGGCACAAGCUUUGGAGGGGCGCUGGGAAUCGCCGGCAAUACGGUAAGCAAGGUCGCUGGACGAUUGGUCAACUCGAAGCGAAUCAUAUCGGCCAGCAGCAGACCUCAAUCGUCGAUCGUUGUGCGGCAGGUGUACGCGAGUGGUACCACCGGUGUGUCUGCCGGCGGCCACACUACCACAACCGCGGGUCAAUCGAAUCCAAUCAGUAUUAUCUCUGCCGCACCACUUCAGCAGCAGCAACAACAGCAGCAGCAGAUGCAUCAGCUCCAUACGCUCGGAGAACAGCUCCAGCAGCAGCAACAUCCGCAAAUCAUCAGCGUGAGUGCGGCACCGACGAUCGUACAUGCGACCGCAGCUGGCAACAAUAAUGGCGCAUCUGUUAACGCGACCACGGCGGCUGGCGGGGGAAAUUUCGGUGGAAAAUAUGUGCUCGUUCAGCGGGCGGCACACAUCGGUGAAAUAGUCACGCCGCGGGCGGCCAGUGCUCCACCGACACACAAUCAGAUACAAAUCCACCAUGUUCCUGCACCGCAGGCACAACCACAACAGCAGCAGCAACAGCAGCAACAGCAGCCACAAAUGCAUCAGCACCAAAUCACGCAGCAGGUACACCACCACCUGCAACAGCAGCAGCAGCAGCAGCAACAAGCACAACAACAACAACAACAACAACAACAACCGCAACUGCACAACCAACAACAACAGCAGCAGCAGCAACCACAGGUGCUGCAUCAGCAACAGCUGGCGCCCGGUGUGGGCACCGUGGUACCCGCCGGGCUACAGACGGCCAUCGCUCGCCGAAUACCGUCCAACCACGUGAUCACCUACGGUCAGGAUCAGCACAACCGUCAGCUGACCGCUAGUGGUGGUGGAGGUGGUGGAGGUAGUGGUGUUGCUGGUGUUGCUGGUGGCAAUGUGGUCAUCAUCGGUGGAACGGCACGAGGCGUAACGGCGGGUACUACGCUAGUUGCGCAACCCUUUAAUCAGCAGCAGCAGCAAGUGUUCCUGAAUGGCUGCGGUGGCAGCACCGUGGUCGUUACCAACGGGUCAGCCGGAUCCAUUCUCGGUGGUACGACGACCCUGCUGCCUCGGCCGCCGUCGGUCGGGGGAAACCCAGCGCUAGCAAGUCUGCCGCGGCUGCAGCAAAACCAUCCACUCGCCAGUGGACUGAGUCAGGGAGGCGGUAGCAUUAACAUCGGCGGGAUAAACAUCGUCGUCAGCAACCUCCUAGAUAACGGACUAUGUACGCAUCCUUCACCUACCGGCUCGAUAGUGCAACAGCAGCAGUUGAUUAUUUCCAGCGGGGAAAGCGGGGAUGAUCGCUUGAGCGAAGCGAAGAUCGAUCGCACCCAGAAUCAGCCGAUGGUUGUGGUUUGUAAGCAGUGUGGGGCCUUCUGCCACGACGAUUGUCUCAGUGGUACCAAACUUUGCGAUUCCUGCUUGGUACGGUAGGGAAGCUCUAAACCUUUGAAUUUUUCUACGGAGCUAUGAACAAGUGAAACAAUUGUUAUGAUUUGUUCAUAAAGCAUCCUUUAGAGCGUGAGUUAGCAAAGCUAAUCUUACAGUCAGACAAAUCAUUGGUUCUAAACUAACAUGUGUACAAUGAAUUGUACAGUUUAGAGAUGUUUUUGCAUUUUUAAUGAUUUGUACUUUAGUAGUUUUUUAAAACUAUUGUUGAAAUGGCAUACGGAAUAAGCAUUUUUAACCAUCGUUAAAAUUAAACGGUUGUUAAUUUUCUUGGAAUUAAGAAUCUACAAAUUGGUUCGGGUGAAUAACGGUCGUUUGUUUUUUUCCUAAUUGAUUGAUUAUUUAUUUCGAUGCAAACGAUUGACAAAUUAAUUAAAUAAAGAUCGUUAAUUAAACAAUUUCGUAUGCGCUUUCCACUUUAUAAUUUCAAAUUAUAAUCUUACUGUUCACUGAAAUGAAUGCAGUCCAAUUGAGGUCAGGAAAAAGGAAAAGUAUCGUUUGGUUAUAACUGACAAGUACACAAAGUCGAGACAAUGUGGAAUGCGCCUCCAUGGCAGUAAAGCUUCAAUUAAACAUUCCAUCAACAUCGAAUUCAGCUUCGUGCGCUGUAUUAUCUUCUUCUUGUGGCAUUAUCUAGCUCCUGUAGGGUUUCAGGGAAUGAUUCCAUGCAGAAGUCCCAACUAUGCCAGCGACAGAAGCGAAUUCUAACUGACGAAUAUCAGAUUGACAAGUAGUCGGAGCUAUAUUGCAAAGGCUCACGGAAGGAGGAAUUGCUGAUGGUUAUUUUUUAUGGAUUUAUUUAUUAUUUUCCUAUAGCUUGCACACGGAUGCGCGGUUCCCAGAUGUCCAAAUGGCAUUACGGUUGUCUACUUCGGCGCCGGUAUUGACCGGGGUCGUUAUGUAUUAUCGUUGAUAUACCCUUUAGGUAUUGUUUGCAAUGCUAUUGUAUGUAUGCGCGCUCCGUACGCACCCUUUCUGUAUGAUAGUAGGAAAAUUGUGUUUCCAUAUGUAAAUUUAUCCAUCUCAUACCACACCUGGUGGAGGAAAACAGGUGACAUUUUUUGGUUUAUAAGGGCAAUGCAGCAAAAAAGGGAAAACCCCGAAAUUGUUAAGAAAUGGUAGAGUGAUGGUUAAAGGAAAAGAGUUAUGAUAAUGAAAAGGAGAGAGGAGAGAAAAAGAAGAAAAUAAAUUUGGGUGAGAUUAUGUAUGGAAACUCUUCAGCUGUGCAGUAACACAAGGAGAAAGCACUGAGCAAAUGAAAUAGAAAAGAAAUAAUCUCAAUCGCAAAUUUAAAAUAAAACAUACUAUUAACAUAACACGCAAAAAAGUAAAUAAAAUAAAAAAACAACAUUUAUGAUGCCGCAAAAAGGUACUAGAGAAGGAAGAAAGCGGUGAAACUUAGUAGACAACAUGUAUUUUAUAAUCACAUGAACGUGAACAAACACACACACACAUACACACACACAGUCACACGAUACAGCAGUGCACAUGUGCAAACGAAAGGGAACUCUGAACCGGGGGGAGAGUGGAGAAAAACUGGUAAUACUAACAAUAAUUAUUAUAAUCAUAAACUGUGACAGCGAAACUGAAAAAAGCAAGCAACAAACAACAAGAUAAGAAUAAGAUGCAGAAAACCGCGGGAAAAGUUCACCGAAAAGAGAGUGUGGUAGUCGUGAACGAAAGGGGAGUUUAAUAAGGAAAAACAGCUAUGUUAAAACAAUAUCCCCAAAGCAAGGCAUACUUUUCUAAUCGUAAUCGAGAAAACAUAACAAAAGGAAUAUGCUUCCGCGAUUCUUAUUAGUGUGCGGACACUUCCCUAGAUGUGCGCGGCGGAGGGUUAGUUUCGGGAGGCAGAAUGUUCUGUGAUUUGAUUUCAAUAAAAUGGAUCAACACGAUGAAACUAAAUAGCAUAAAAAGAUGGCUACGACGUUCUUUGGUCGCUUUGCUAAAGCGUCAAGCUAUGAAUUGAAGUUUUUCUAAAGCUGAACGUAGCCCUACCAUGUGAGAAUCCGUUGCUUUUCACGAUGAAACCCGGUUUAUUUACUUUACUUGUGCUUUUUGUUUUACUGAUAAUCAUUAAAAGCUGCGUUUUAAUUUAGUACAUUCACUGUCACGAUGGCUAUUAUUGAUAAUUUUAUUUUAAUUAGUAACCAACGUUUUCAUCUUCUCUGACGGGGGCGACGGGGGAAAUGAGUGAUUCGUUAAAACUUAUUUAAUUCAAAUGUACGCUUUUGAAGACGCGUUCGCAAGCGAAAAAUGACGAUUGAAAAAGUGUGUGUGGUUGUGUGUUGUUGUUAUUUUGGAUUUGAUCGGAGGUGUAAUGCUUUUAGGUUUAACGAUCACUUAUAAUUGUUUUUUUUACAAUCAAAAUAAUGUCAGCUCAUAUAUUAUUUUUAUGUUUAUAGUAAUUAUUUUAACCUAGCUCACGCUUACGUUAAUUAAAAUUGUUCAUGUACAUAGAUGAAGGAGAAAAAGGAACAAGAACAUCCUGCGGAUACUCCCAUCGAGGGGUUGAUGCUAUAAGUUGAAG